AUGUCCUUUAAACAGCCUCUGCUCCGAUUUGGGGCACUCGUCUCAUUGUGCUCGUCAGCGGCACUUGCUGUUGACGUUUACUCCCCAAAGUACUUCCACCUUGGUCCCGAACCAACAAUUGAUGGAUUGCAAGCCUACGACGGGAACUCAAUUACCUUGGAUGAGGCCAACUCUGUCUUAACUCUCGAUUAUGCUAGUGAGGUUGGGGGAUGGCCUUGGGUUGAAUUCGAAAGCCCAAGUUCGCCAGUCCAGAUUCAACUGAAAUACUCCGAGCCAUAUGAUGGAUUGGCACUACCGCAGGGAGAUGGCCCUUGGCUGUAUUGCAACGGACUUAUGAACUCCUUUCGCACGGAAACCUUCAACAUCACCGAUUCUGGAAAGACCCAGUCCUUCUUCCUUCAAGGAGGCCUUCGCUGGCAAUCCAUCACUCUGAUUGGGAACACCCCCAUUACGAUUCGCAAUAUCGGCCUCAAACCAUCUGUCUCCGUUUCGAACCCUGAGUCACUUCCCGGUAGUUUCUCCACCUCCAAAGAGAUGUACGAGCAAGUUUGGAGCCUCGGAGCUCGAGCGGUCCAAGCGGCCUGUGUGGAUGCACGCUCUCAACCAUCGACUUGGGAGAUGUCCGAUGAGGGUGCUUUGAUUAGAGGACAGUAUCCAGCUGUCUCUGCACUUGCCACCAUCUUUGCAAAUUACACACUGGAAUUCAGUACCAAAAUCACUGCCGGAGGAACGGGUUGGCGCGUUGCUGGUGGUGCCAAUGGUGGUUACGGAGCUUACUUCGUCUUGACCUCCAACAAGGAAGGGUUGACCAGUACUAACAUCACGUCACUGCCUGAGAACAGCUUGGUUGCUGGGUACGGAUUCACCCUCAUUGACCAGGCAAUCCUGGCAUCUGCACCCUCACAGACGUACGACAUCUCGACUACCAUUGAAGAAGACAAGUGGUACUCGAUCAAGACAAUGAUCAAUGCGACUGGAUACUCCAUUUCCGUUGACGAUCAGGAGAUUGCCUUCGUGAGCAAUACAAACUUCGCCAGCUACGUGGAUGGAACCUGGGGCUCUGGCAGCUUGACCGAAGGCAACUUUGGAUUCGCUCCAUACCUGAAUCAAGAGGCUUACUACAAAGAUGUCAAGGUCACUGCGCAGAACGGUACCGUCAUUUACCAGAACCCUUUGACAUCCACCGACAUCCUGCAAGAGUACGCGAUUGCGAGCAACGAGUACGCCGUAUGCCUCGACGGCGCAAAGCGAGACCGAGAAAUCUGGAUCGGCGACUUUGCUCACACUGGCCGUAUCAUCGCGGCCAGCAGCGGACGCUACGACUAUGUCAAGAGCAUGAUCGAGUUUGAAUUUGAUUGGCAGUAUCCACCUGGUCCUGCUUAUGGCUUGGUCCCCAUCCAAGCAUACAUGGGAGCGGGAGCAGAGUAUCGCGAGGUGUACUACCCCUCCGAAUUUGGGGAGACGGAUUACCAGUUUUUCUUCCUUCUUGUUCUGACCGACUAUUUCUCUUUGACUGGGGAUAAGGACCUUUUGAUGAAGAAUUGGGAUGGUGUCAAAUUGUUGGUCCAGACAUUGGUUGACCGCUACUACGAUCCGGCCUCGGGUCUCAUGGCCAGUGCCGAUGCAUCGUGGUUCACCGCGCAGGGUAGUCAGAACGCGACUGCGCCAACCGCUCUCUUUGCAGUUGCUCUGAAUCAGCUGGUUGAGGUUGCCGCCGCCUUGGGAGAUUCAGGAACUGGAGCGACCUGGAGCCAGUUGUCUACGAAUAUUACCACUGCCAUCAAUGACUCUCUCUGGAACGAAGCCCUGGGAGCAUACAGUUUGUCACUCACCCAGCCAGACGACACGGCAAUCCUGGCGACUGCAUUCACCAUCCGAGCUGGAAUGGCAUCUUCCGACCGUGUCGCUAGCAGCAUCGCCCGAAUAUCCGAUGUUUUCCUCAGCAUCGGCUACAAAGACAACUCAGUCACUGCCAAUUCCGCCACCACCCAGCUGUCACCCAAUACACAAGGUUUCCUCUUUGAAUCCCUCUUCCUGGCUCACAUAAAGUACAAUGUCUCCGCCGACGUGGUUGUCCCCGCAAUCCAGAACCUGUCGGAAGUCUUCUGGCCUAAGAUGGUUACCCAGAAUGAAUACUAUACCGGCGCGAGCUGGGAAUAUCUUUACGCAGAUGGGAGCCCGGGGAUUGGUGUUUUCACUAGUCUCAGUCACCCCUGGGGAGGUGCGCCGACCUAUAUUUUCAGUAACUACAUUCUUGGUGUCAGGACCGAGUGGAAUGCGCAGGCUAAGAGCUAUGAAUGGGUCUUUGCUCCGGCGUGGGAUAUUGCUGAGGGUCUUGGUCUUGAGUGGGCUAAGGGUAAAGUACCGUUGUCUACAGGAGGAUAUAUUGAGGCGGAGUGGAAUGUUUUCACGAAGGGUGCGAAGCCCACGAUGUCUGCGCAAGUGGUUGGGAACAGCAAUGUUAAGAUCAACAUGAAAGAGAGGUCGUAG